GUCUCCCGUCCGUAACAUCUCCCUGCGCGCUCUGUCUGCGGAGAUGACGGUGAAAACCGAGGCUGCUAGGGGCACCCUCACUUACUCCAGAAUGAGGGGAAUGGUAGCAAUUCUCAUCGCUUUCAUGAAACAGAGGAGGAUGGGCCUGAACGACUUUAUUCAGAAGAUUGCCAAUAACUCCUAUGCAUGCAAACACCCUGAAGUUCAGUCCAUUUUGAAAAUCUCCCAACCUCAGGAGCCUGAGCUUAUGAAUGCCAACCCUUCUCCUCCACCAAGUCCUUCUCAGCAAAUCAACCUUGGCCCAUCAUCCCAUCCUCAUGCUAAACCAUCUGACUUUCACUUCUUGAAAGUGAUUGGGAAAGGCAGUUUUGGGAAGGUUCUUCUAGCAAGACACAAAGCAGAAGAAGCAUUCUAUGCAGUCAAAGUUUUACAGAAGAAAGCCAUCCUGAAAAAGAAGGAGGAAAAGCAUAUUAUGUCGGAACGGAAUGUUCUACUAAAGAAUGUGAGACACCCUUUCCUGGUGGGGCUUCACUUCUCUUUCCAGACUGCUGACAAAUUAUACUUUGUCCUUGACUACAUCAACGGUGGAGAGCUGUUCUACCAUCUCCAGAGGGAGCGUUGCUUCCUGGAACCACGGGCUCGCUUCUAUGCUGCUGAAAUAGCCAGUGCCUUGGGUUACCUGAACUCCCUGAACAUCGUUUAUAGAGACUUAAAACCAGAGAAUAUUCUGCUGGAUUCACAGGGACACAUUGUCCUUACUGACUUUGGGCUCUGCAAGGAGAACAUCGAACACAAUGGCACGACAUCCACCUUCUGUGGCACGCCUGAGUAUCUUGCCCCCAAGGUGCUCCAUAAGCAGCCUUAUGACAGGACCAUGGACUGGUGGUGCCUGGGGGCCGUCUUAUAUGAGAUGCUGUAUGGCCUGCCUCCUUUUUACAGCCGAAACACAGCUGAGAUGUAUGACAACAUUCUGAACAAGCCCCUCCAGCUGAAGCCAAAUAUUACCAAUUCUGCCAGACACCUCCUGGAGGGCCUCCUGCAGAAGGAGAGGACAAAGAGGCUGGGCGCCAAGGACGACUUCAUGGAGAUUAAGAAUCAUGUAUUCUUCUCCCUGAUUAACUGGGAUGAUCUCAUUAAUAAGAAGAUUACUCCCCCUUUUAACCCAAAUGUGAGUGGACCUAGCGACCUGCGGCACUUCGAUCCUGAGUUCACCGAAGAGCCGGUCCCCAACUCCAUCGGCAGGUCCCCCGACAGCAUCCUCCUCACAGCCAGCGUCAAGGAAGCGGCCGAGGCCUUCCUAGGCUUUUCCUAUGCUCCUCCUAUGGACUCUUUCCUCUGAACAGUCCUCAGGGUGGUCUUGAAGGAUUUUGUGUGUGUGUGUGUGUAAGCGUUUUAGUUAGCCUCGUGGCAGAGCUGCCCGCAGACAGGACAUCUUAAAAGAGAAUUUGCACAUCUCUGGAAGCUUGCACAUCUUGGCAGUCUUAUUGCACACUGUUUGCUGGAAGCUUUUUGAAGAGCACAUCCUCUUCAGUGAGCUCAUGAGGUUUUCAUUUUUAUUCUUCCUUCCAACAUGGUGCUAUCUCUGCAAUGAGCAUUUACGUGCCGCCAUAGACAGAUGCAGUAGUCUUUUAUUAGGAUGAUGCAGUUCUAAGAAUGGUUUUCGGAAGGUCUGUCUGGGCCGUGAUAACGGAUCUUAUGAAAUGUGCCUUUUCUGAUGAGAUCGUGUUAGCUCCAAAGCUUUUCCUAUUGCAGAGUGUUUCAGUUCUUUAUUUUUCCUUGUGGAUUUACUGUGUGAACAGUGGUAUGAGUGUGGUAUGCUUGAUCACAGAUGGGUUUAGUUCUAAGCAUCAAUGUGACACUUGCAGGACACUACAAUGUGGGACAUUGUUUGUUUCUUCCAUAUUUGGAAGAUAAAUUUAUGUGUAGACCGUUUUUUUUUUUUUGUAAGAUACAGUUAAUAACUAAAAUUUAUUGAAAAUGGUCUUGCAAUGACUUGUAUCCAGAUGCUUAAAGAAAGCAUUGCUGCUACAAAUAUUUCUAUUUUUAGAAAGGGUUUUUAUGGACCAAUGCCCCAGUUGUCAGUCAAAGCCUGGUAUUUUCAUUGUUUAAAAUGUCACCUGUAAAAUGGGCAUUAUUUAUGUUUUUCUUUUUUUUUUGCAUUCCUGAUAAUUGUAUGUAUUGUAUAAAGAAAGUCUGUACAUUGGGUUAUAGCACUAGUAUAUUUAAACUUACAGGCUUAUUUGUAAUGUAAACCACCAUUUUAAUGUACUGUAAUUAACAUGGUUAUAAUAUGUACAAUUCUUUCCCCCCUCCCCACCACACAACUUUUUUUGUGUGUGAUAAACCAACUUUGGUUUGCAAUAAAACCUCGAAAAAUAUUUACAUGAAAAAAAAAAAAGAA